GUACAGCGCAGUGCCCGACCCAGCACCUACAAAGGCUUCGGCUUUGCGGGAAGCAGGGAGCCCUUUCAGGGCUCUUACCUUAAGCCCCAAGCCCCAAGGAGCUACUUUCCCAGCCCCUUGGACACCUACGUGAUGAAGGCAGCCGGGGAACAACACAUCACGAAAGAAGAUGCCUGCAAGGUGAAGGAUGCAGCCAAGGAGUUCAUCCCCCCUUCUCCAUCCGUCUCCUCCCCGGAGGGGCUGAAAGACCCAAGGGAUGGCGAGGUUUCUCCCUCUUCCCCACCCAUGCCAGUGAUCAAUAACGUCUUCAGCCUGGCACCUUACCAAGACUACCUGGAGGGGACCAAGAGCUCAGCCCAGGUCCCCUUCUGCGGCGAGCAUCUGCAGGGAGACACCCCACCCCAAAACACGGUGGGCAGCCGGGAGCCCGCUGCCCUUGGAGAAGUCUCAGCAAUGUCCAGCCUGCUGCUCGCGGGGAUGGCAGCCAGCCGGGUGCUGAAAAUGGGCAGCGGCGUGGUCCAGCGCCAAGGGGAGGGAAAGCUGUUUCAGAAAGGUCCCCAAAAAGCCAAAGCUUGUGCCCCAAGACCCAGGGUCUCAGGAAGGCAGUCCAGCUUGAAGAAGAAGCCGGUGAAAACCAGGGAGACUUGGGGACCCAUCGGCCGCGCAGAGGGGAUGCGGGACAGAGAGGUUGUGAAGGAGGAGGAGAAAGAGGAUCCAGACGGGAAGACGGGAGCGGGAGAAGGGGCCAAGCCCCUGAUGCUGCCCUUGCUGCUGGAGGUGAGCUCUGGGUACAAGACCAACUUCCAGAGCUCAGCCACCUUCAUCUUCAAAAAAUACAAGAUCCUGCGCUCCCUCCAGCCCAGCACC